GUCACCAUCAUCAUCAACGUCAUUACGAACAGCAGCGCCUCUGUUACCAUCAGCACGCCCGCCACCGCUUCCUCUUCCAUCAACAUGGCCAAAGCUUAAGAAAACAGUGCGCCCGGAACCCAAGAAGGUUGAAAAGGUUGAAGGUGAAACAAAUGAAUUUUUUAAAAAGAAAUCGCAGACACUUCUUCAAAAUCUAAAAGUAAUGUCAGAUGAUGGAAGGAACGAUAAUAAUGAACGUAAAGAAGUUAAAAUUGGUGAAAAACUAAUUGGUAAUGAUUGUGCAUCUUUAAAUGGUGAUAGUAUAACUAAUAAAGAUAUAAUCACACCUGUUACUAAUGAUAUCGGAGUUAUGAACAAUUAA